AUGUCUGAAUCUUUGCAUAGAAUCGAAGGUGACGAAACCAGUGACAUCCCGAACACCAACGCCAUCAUUACGUCAUCUGGUGACGUGGCAUGGCUCUACCCGGUCACCAUGGUCAGCUCGUGUAAGAUGAACGUUUACAGGUUCCCAUUUGACGAGCAUGUGUGCAGACUGCAGUUCGGCUCCUGGACAUACGACGGCUUCAAAGUCAACGUCACUAACCGAAACGACAAAGGUGACAGCAGCAGCUUUAUACUGAACGAACAGUGGGACCUGCUGGACAUCGAUGCGGUGAGGCAUGAACUUGUGUACCCCUGCUGUCCCGAGCCGUACCCCGACGCCUCCUUCUACAUAUCCAUCCGCAGGAAGUCGCUGUACUUCAUGUUCUAUGUCAUCAGUCCGUGCGCCAUGAUGGCGGUGAUGGGGCUGCUGGUGUUCCUCAUGCCGCCCGACUGUGGGGAGAAGCUGUCUGUGGGGAUCACCAUGUUGCUGGCACUCGUCGUGUUCGCGCAGAUCAUCGCCGAGAGUCUGCCAGCCACGUCACGAUACAUUCCGCUCAUUGGCCAGUUUUUCGGCUGUAGCGUGUGCAUCGUCGCCAUCUCAUCCGCCAUCACAGUCCUGGUGCUGAACAUACACUUCCGCGGACCCAAGCCAACUCCAGUACCUAACUGGCUGAGAACCUUCGUCCAGAAGGUGAGAAUCGUCUUCCGACAAAACAUACGCGUCCAAGCACUGACAGUGGACCAACAACAGAACAACCUCCGAGACAAGGAGGGCAGUGUCAUCAUCGACCGCCCGAAGACAUCGGACGGCUUCACGGAAGUCAACUUCGACCGAAAUGACAACAGGAGUUCCGAACUUUCCCGAGCGUACGCGAUGAUGCAACGGAAACUCGAUGAGCAGUCCGCCAUGUUGAAGCGCCUGGUGGACAAGGUUCAGGAGAAGCACAGGGAGGAGUUAGUGAGGGACGAGUGGCAGAACACUGCUUUCGUCGUCGAUAAGCUGCUGCUCGGCGCCUUCUUAUUGAUCCUCGUCCUCGGCUCUGUCAUCAUAUAUGCAUGACGUCUGUAAUCACGUGAUCGUUGCCUUGUCAAUCAUUGUACAAAUGACCUUUGCCAAAAUUGAAGUAGCCUCAAAUUUUGUUGAUAACCUGACAAAUGUAUAUCAUGUGAUUCAAGACACUCAGGCUUUUGCUGUUAACUACUUUCCCUUGCAUCUUAUUGUUAUUGAAAUCUACAGACAGGUCAGUGUCUAUGCAGUGCCAGGUCUGUAACUACUAGUAGUAGUAUGCAGUACCAGGUUAGUAACUCUGCAGUACCGUGUAAUUAUGCAGUAACAGCUUAGUAAUUAUGCCGAAUUACGUAGUAGAUGAUAGAUCUCUGUUUUAUGGUUUGUUGUUUUUAGAAGGUUUACUUUUGAUGCUGAGAAUAGAAUACAGACGUCUUCCGCGUUGGAAACAGUACUAGGCUACUAGCAGUGAAUUAAAGAACAAACUCUGUAAAUAUU